AUGGCUAUUGCAGCCUUACAAAAGAUCCUACCCACGGACGCUGAUAGCAAUGAACAGGCUGAAACUGAGAUUUGUGACACAUCUGUUUCAAGUGAUGUUAGUCUUGUUGAGUUAAUGGCCGAGUUUCACCUGUAUAACAAAUCCCUUGCUCAAUACAAGCGAAAGCUUCAACCAAUUGGGUUAGUUCUUGAGAGUUUCUCAACUGACUUGAAAGAGCUAUCAUCAUCUUUAGUUUCUUUAGAACGACAAUCCAACGAUUUGAGCAAAGAUUCCAAAUUUAACAAGGUAGUCACUCAGCGUUUAGAGCAGUUGAUCAAUGAAAAGAUAAUCCCCCCCGAGACAAUCAAAGAGAUUCUUAAGGAUGACUUGAAAAACGACUAUCUUGACAAGGUAAACUAUGUGCUAGAGAAAAUGGGUUCUGAAGACUCGCAGUUGAUCACAGCUAAAGUGGUGGAGAGAGUUCGUGAUUUCGUGAUUUCCCAGAUCCGUCUCCUACGAUCAAACCGUACAUCCUCGUCCCAGCAAAUACAACGAAGACUUCUCGAAGCAAGCAGCUUGUUUCAAUUUUUAAAAAUGCAGCAACCAAACCUCACAGCUCAGUUACAGCGCGCUUACUUUCACACCAUGCGUUGGUACUACAAGAGCAAGUUUGCAAAGUACAUCUAUUCGCUUGAGAAAUUGCAAAAACGACACUUGGAAAGCCCUGUUUUUGACUCUUCCAAUUACCUAAACACGUUUGAACAAAGAGUCAAAAUUUUGAACAGUAAGGAACAGUGUAUGCCAUCGCAAUUAGCUGAAACAAUUACUGCAUCAUACACCACGGAAUUUAUUAUUCGCCAGUUAUUGAUGGCCAUUAUUGACAAUGCUUCAGUAGAGUAUCUAUUUGUUAUUGAUUUUUUCUAUCAAGGAGAAGAAAAAGACCAUACUUGGGCACCGCAAAUGUUUAGGGAUGUGUUUGAAAUGUCGCGAGAAUGCAUCCAUUACAUUACUUCUGGAACUUGUGAUAUAUACGGGAUUUUGUUACUGAUAAAGACCAUUCAUAACUACCAGCUGAAACUACACGAUCUCCAUGUUCCCAUCCUUGAUGAUUACAUGAACUCGUUACUCUUGUAUCUUUGGCCAAUCUGCACCAGAAUAAUAGAUCUCAACUGUGAGUCCUUGAAAAGACAUAUGGCAAGAAGCCCAAAGACUUUAGCACCACUUGCCAUUACCCAGCAGUUUGGGUUGUUCUUACUGGCAUUGCUCAGGAUGUCGAUAACCGGAGAGCCUCUACGAUCAUAUAUCCUAAGACUUCAGAACGAUUAUGAAAAUGGCAUUACCAAAGCAAGCAGCCAUUUCAAAGGUAUUGAUAAGGAGAUCUUUCUCUACAACAACUACUUUUUGGUUUUGAAUAUUCUCAAAAAUGAAGCAGAAAAUGCUACUGAGGAGAUUAAACAUUUCCAGUUACUUGCUAAUGCAUUCAAAACUAGAUAA